GUAGCGUCAUCUAUUUUAUCUCGCCCGGCCGUCAUUAUUAAAUGUCAUUUGAAAUGAUGCAAUCUUUGUCACGCUGCUUGAAGAUUAUUCAAUGAAAAUUUUAAACGAUAAACGACCAUCACAAUGGAUUCUGAGUGUUCUCAAAUCGUCACCGAAAUCAUCGAUGAACUAAUUGAAACGUGCACCAAUUGUACACAGUUUCGAGACAAUGACAAUCGAACGCGUGGUAACGAGUUCAAACAAUAUUCUGAUCAAUGCGAUGAUCAAUCUGAUGCUGGCGAAAGUGGCCAUAAAGAAAUGUCACAGGAGGAUGAGACUUCAUAUCUGGCUGUUGAAGUCGAGAUAUUCGAACAGUUUGACGCUUUGGAAGGCAAUAAUUGCCAAACAGUCGAUAUUAAUGAUCUGAAUCGAGUCAUCAUUGAUGAGAAACUCGAUCGUGAAGACAAUUGUGGGACGGAUGCAAGAUGUGCCGACAAUUUAGAGGAUGAUAAGAAACUCGAUCGUCAAGACAAUGCUGAGCCAGCAAACGAUGUCAAAAAAUCAGCCGGAGCUGAUUGCGAGCUUUCGAUUGGGGCCACGGAUGCAAGAUGUGCCGACACUGUAGUCAAUGAUAAGAAAAUCGAUCGUCAAGACAAUGCUGAGCCAGCAAACGAUGUCAAAAAAUCAGCCGGAGCUGAUUGCGAGCUUUCGAUUGGGGCCACGGAUGCAAGAUGUGCCGACACUGUAGACGAUGAUAAGAAACUCGAUCGUCAAGAAAAUGCUGAGCCAGCAAAUGAUGUCAAAAAAUCACCUGGAGCUGAUUGCGAGCUUUUGAUUCGAGACACCGAUUCAAGAUGUGCAGACACUGUAGACGAUGAUAAGAAACUCGAUCGUCACCGCAAUGCUGUUUCAGCAACCGAUGUCAAAAAAACAGCCGGAGCUAAUUGCGAGGUUUUGGAAAGCUUCUCAAUGGAAAACCGUAGAAGAACUACUAUGACGAACAACUUGGCUUUAAUGACAGUUGACAAUAAUGUCUCCAAGUACGAAGUCAGAUGUGAAGGUUUUCCGAUGAAUAUGAUGGAAGAGGAGCUGGUUUUGAAGUUUGCCAAGUUUGGAGAAGUGUACAAAUUGACGAAACACUUGGACAAGGAACUGAUUUAUGUCACUUUCAUAAAGGCAGAAGAUGCCGAAAAAGCGAUCGAGGCAUUGGAUGGCCGAAUGAUCCAAGGACAUCGGGUCAAACUGUACAAACAACUGCCCAAUAGACGACUGAUCGUCAGAUGUAUACCAAAAACGUUGAACCGAGACCGUUUGUUUGCAAUAUUCAAAUCGAUUACGCCAAAUCUCGUAUCGGUGUCCGUGUACAACGAUCCGUUUAAUGAGAAUUUAAUUCGGAAUUUUUGUUACCUUGAGUACCCAGAUUAUUAUCUUGCCGUCGAUGCGAAGGAUAUUUUGUCAUCGGUGCAAAUUUUUCAUACUUCGCGUCAUUCUGUCGAAUGGCCUGAUCGACGUUUUGAGUGGAAAGAAACACCCGACACGCUUUUUAUAAGCAAUAUACGCUUAAGUAUGGGCUCUCGUGAUGUAUAUGCUGUCUUCUCCGUUUUCGGCAAGCUUGUCGGCGUCAGUAAAAAUGGUAGCUUUGCUAGUGUUAAGUUCCAGAAGGUCGACGAUGCCAAACGUGCAACUAUUGAGGUUGACAAGAAGUUGUUGGGUAACGAAAAUGUCGAAAUUUUAUCUUUCAAGCUGCACAAAGAAAACUCCGGUUAUGAAGGCGACAGGAAUGUGUCGGGUAAUAAAACGGAGAAAAUUUCAUCCGUCCACGUAAUGCCAAGAGACGAACCGAACCUCAACUCCAAUAUAUCGGACACAUUGUACAUCAAUAAUUUAUCCGCGACACUGUCAGCUGCGGAUUUGCGAAAGAUAUUUAGCACUUUCGGCAAUGUUCUGGACAUCGACAUCGACCGAAACGAAGGUUUGGCCUCCGUUCACUUCCCGAACCAAGAACAAGCGAAACGAGCCGUAUCUAGCAUCGACAAGCGACAGCUUGGCAACGAUGUUCACAUUUCAUUCUUCAAUAACACCGUCGUUGGCAAGGCUUCCGAUGUGUUGCACAUCAGCAAUUUGCGAUCGAACGUUAUGACAUCGGAUUUACGAAAACUGUUCGCCGUGUACGGGGAAGUUAUGGAAAUCGAAUUGAUCAGCAAUUCGGCAAUCGUUCAUUUCCGUUAUGCAAAAGACGCGAGAGCAGCUGCUCGUUCUGUUAAUAGACAGUGUAUGGGCGAUGGCGUUAAAAUUUCGUUUGGUGAAAGAACGGAAAUGGAAAUUGAGAAAAAGCCUGCCGUAACAGCGGAAAACAAAUUCGAGAAAAAACCUGCCGGGACAUCGGCUAACAACAUUGAGAAAAAGCCUGCCGCCACACCGAAAAGCAAAAUUGAUCAAAAGCCUACCGGGACAUCGGCAAAUAAUAUUGAGAAAAAACGCGCCGAGUCGGAAUAUAAAACUGAGAAAAAGCGCCUGGCUACGUCCAACACCCUGUACAUUUACAACAUUUACAACGACAUGACCACAUGGCGAUUGAGACAACUGUUCACGGCGUACGGUCACGUGAUGGACAUCAACGUGUAUGCGGAUUAUGCUUCGGUUCAAUUCGCAUGUGAAAAUGAUGCCAUACGGGCUGCCCAUGCGAUCAAUCGAAAUCAUUUGGGAUCGAGCCCGGGUUUGCUGGAAAUUUUAUUUUUUCCGAAAAAUCUUUAAAGAGGAAAUUUGAUUGAGAAUUUAAUUUUGUUUUUUGAUUUUCGCAAAUGAUAAAUUCGAAGGUAAAGCAACUUUUACCAUUUGCUUUUUUGUCGGUUCCAAUUGAUUAUUUUGAUCAAGAUUUUGAAUUUUGUUAAAGAAAUGAAAUGAAUAAAAUGGAAUUGUUACA